AUGUCAGACCUGAAACAGGCGGUUGAAGCUCUGCGUCGCCAAUUGCGAUUUUUUCACAUUGGGGUCGAUGUUGAUUUCCAUUCCAUGAUUCUUGGGAUGAGUCCAUCGUACAUCAAACUUUAUCGUUAUCUUCUUUGUGAAUACGACAAUGGGGUCUUUCUCUUCCUUUUGUCGAAUAAUUUUCUUUUAUCUGGUAUGUUUUCUGCCAUUGAAUAUCAUGCUUAAACCAGAAUCUAUGCGCCCUUAGCUAGUCUCUUUUCAGAAACCGAAGAUAAUCGUUUCAUGGAGUCACUUUAUCGAAUCUGUCGCGAUGUAUUCAGUAUGAAACCUCCUCUCUCGCUGGCUCAAUUUCUCACAAAGUCAUUUGCAAUAAAGAAACUCAAGAUGGCUACCGAAAUUGUGAAAGCUGUAGGUGAACUGCGUAAAGCUCUCUGUAGAAAGAAAUCCAAUGAUUGCAGUGUACUCCCUCUCGUAUAUACGUCCUCGGAUGGCCCAGGAAGAACCCGUCAGUCAAGAACGUUUUCGUGCCCAUCUCUAUCGGGGUCCUCAGUACUGCAUCUGCCGUCCUCAUCGUCCUCUCAAAGGGCGUGUAGCGAUGCUGCACAUCGAACAAUGCGUAGGCCAAAGUGGAGCUCCUCUUCGAUCAUUGGUAAAGGCUCAGGUGGUAACAUAGAAAAUGAUUACCUGUCCGGCCUUUUGACCGCCCUCAAUACGCUCUCAAACCAACUCUCUCAAAUCGUCGAUCGAGUUGCUGGAAUUGAGUCGCGUGUAUUUGCAAUCGAACAGCCUGUCCUAAAAGCCGCUGCAAAUCGAGCUGCCCUUCUUGCGAAUGAAGCUAACUUCAAGGCUAAGCAAAAGCAUGAUUCUUAUAAUGCCAAGUGUGGAGACUCCCACGACAUCACCGGCUCGUCGCUUGAUUUUGUGGAUCGAGAGAAUCAUGCUCAAUUGCUUGAAAAAGCUACCCAGAGAACUUUUUUGGAUAUCCCACAUUCGCAAACCAAAAAUCAGUUAGUUUGCCUACAGGAACGGCCUGGUAUGCCAGUGCUCAUCAGCCGUUUUUUGCAGGCGUUUUCAGAACCAUGCGUUUCAUCAAAAAUUAAUAGUCCCUUCUCGUCGAGUGAACCAUCUGCCAAUGCGUUUGCCCCUUCUCCUGAUAGAUGUAAAUCUCAAGGUGCACCUGAUGGCUUACCUUCUGAUCGUCAUUCUCCAAGACCUGUUGGUGACUAUAAUGAUUCAUCUACACACCCAAUCACGGAAGACCAAGCAGACAUUACCGUAGUGCACAAUCCUGUACUUCGGCAGACUUUUAAAAAGACCGUCCCACUUUACCAGAAAGGUGCUCCUAAUGGUCUUCAACUUUUUUCGAAACCUGUUCAUGAUGAGCCUCUGCCUCAAAGCCUCACCGCCACUGCCUUUCAUGAGCCGAACACAUCAAAAUCAGCAUUUACGAUGCUUCAAUCAAAAUCCAAUGUCUGCAGCCCUUUUCAAACCAUAAACCCUAUGCGGUUGGGUAGUGCCGGAAGAAGCUGCGAUUCAAACUCGUCUCCCAAACACCCGACUGUCUGUUUUUCGAACGAGGACACAUUGGCCACCAUCAUGGCAUGCAAUGACAACUCGAAUAACUCCUUCGACGCUGACCAAGGAUUGGAGCAGCAAGUGAAUCGGAUUUUCGCUAUGGAAUUCACCACUGGACCGAUAAGUCCUAAGACCUUAACAUAA